CAACAGGUAUGGACGCUAAGGCUUAAAAACACUUUGUGCGCAAAUUAUAGAACUUUUACUUUUAGGGCACACAUGAUGUACACAUUUUCUAUAAGUCUCUGAUCGAGGGGUGUUGUAAUUGUCAUUUAGAAUAUUGAAUAUAAUUUCACAUUUAUGUAAGACUUAGGUCUCAAGCAUCAAAAAUUCAAAAAAGGUAGGCCUUUUACUAUUAUUGAAUUGUAUUUAUUUAAAUUUAAACAACAAAGUAACUUUGGUUGGUACUUUAAAUUUAAAUAAAUACAAUUCCUUAUGUUUGAUCUUAUGCUAUUUAAAUUACUUGAUAAGAAGCACAAAUAAAUAGGGAGUAACAACAAUUAUGAAUCAGACUCAGAAGACGAGGAGCUUAUUAAAGCACAAUUUCAAUUAGUUAGCAUAAGAAUAAGGCAUAAGACAGAACAUAAGGAUAAAUUCAGCAUUCAUUUUCAUUAAAAUAAUUUUUUUAUAAGUCUUAUAACUUAUAGUUAUAGGGCUUCCUAUACACUAGUGACUAUACAGAUCUUAUCUAUACUAGCAGAAUCAGAUGUCCCUGGAGAAAUGCUAGGAAUAUAACAUCAACAUACACCAACUAUAUGUUGACUACUAAACAGCAUAUGAUUAUGAAAUCAUAUACAGGAAAUAACUAUAUGCUGCACUACAGUAACAGUAAACAACUUACAUUGCUUAUACUUAUACAUAUAACGAUGCUAACUCCAAAAGUAUAAUCAAAGUGGCGGGAGAGUACUCUUAGGGAGUUCCUGAUUAAAUAGGGCCUUGGAAAAGGAGACUCACACUAUACUGCUUAACAUCACAUUAGAAAAAGUUAUGAGAAACAUAUAUGUGAGCAUGAGUGGAACUAUUACAAACUCCUUCCAGAGAAAAAUUAUAGAACCGCAACCAAAAGGAAACUUUAUAAAGCCAACCAUUGCAGUACCUGGCAUAUGAGGAAGACAUAACUCUACUGGAUAGAAACAGCAAUGAUAUAAUACAAGCAUUAAAGGAACUUGAAGAUGCCUCUGUUAUAGCUGGUCUUGAGGUAAAUGAAACGAAGACAAACUAUAUGGUAAUGUGAAAAAACACAUAUACAUAAAAAUAAGCAACAACACCUUUGAGAGAGUGGCUAGUUUCAAAUAUUUAGGAGCUACUUUAAAUGGCACAAUGAAAUAAUGGCAGAGAUGAAAGAAAGGAUAUCAGGAGGCAACCAAUAUUCCCCUUAAGCUGCGCGGCUGAGUGGCCGCGCAGCUAACUCACAGAUGCUGCACAGCAGUUUUGAGUAUCCGCGCAGCAAAUUUUCAUGUAAGUUUGUGUUUGUGGGCUGUAAAAUUUUGCACACAAAAAAAUUGAUUCUGUAAAACUUUGCACACAACUGUAUGAUUUUGCACACGAACCAGCAAACCUUAGAGGGAAUAUUGGAGGCAAUCAUUCUUAUUUCAGCCUACAAAAGCUACUAGGUAGCAAUAACCUCUCAAGGAGAACAAAGUAAGCUGUACACACCACUAUAAUUAGAACAGUUGAAAUUUAUGCAAGUGAGACUUGGUCCCUCACCAGAAAGGCAGAGGACUUGCUCAAUACAGUCCAGUGCAAGACAAUGAUGGAUGGAGAAUUCGUACAAACCAAAAGAUAUAUCAGUUGUUUGAAGACCCACCCAUGGUCACAACAAGUAAAAAGGCAGACUGUGCUGGACAGGACACCUUGAAAGGAUGCCGAAUAGUGGGGAGGGGGGAGAUUUUGAUCAUGGAGGUGGAAAGCCAUGGAUCCAUCCAAAUGGAAGGAUGUGGUGAAACAGGCCAGGGACCUACAAGGGCUGUAGCACCACUUAUGCUGAUUAGGGUUUCAAAUGAUUACUGUGAUUAUGAAAUUAAAGUUUUAACUAUGUUUCCAUUUCCAAGGUCUCAAAUCCAUUUCUAUGAAAUAAAACAAAAUUAUUAUUAACUAUUAAGUUUUAAAUGUUUCCCAAUUUUGAUAAUUACAAAAUGAGAUCUCAAAAUAAAAUUAUUAAUAUUAUUAAUAAUUCUUACCUUAUGCAUAAAGAGUAAUAUAUAGACCUAUCCAGGCAAUUAUCGACUCAUCAAGCAUAUAAAUAAAGCAAAUACAACCUGUAGUCCUUUUUAAUGAUAUAUUUAGCUUUGAAUCCCACUUGCAUUUUUCUUAAUUUGAGGUAGUUAUCAGUAACACCUGCCCUCAUUAGAUUUUUAAUGUUCACUAGUCAACGUCAAAGCGUUACCUUUUUUUGGACUUGAUGAUGGUCAUUACAGAGAAUUCAACUUCACUGAUAUAGGGUGCUUCCAAAAUAAUGGUCAAAAUAUAACCUGUCUAUCCAUUCGACUCCUUAGCUUUUGUGACCUCCCCAUUUUCUAUAUUACAACUUCUUCUGUGCUCUCUCUCUCACAUCAUGAUAUCCAAACAAUAUUGCUUUGAAUCAGUAAAUGUGGUUUGAAAAUAUUUUCAACCUAAAAUGUUUUAUUUUUUUACACACAUCAUAAAAAUGGUGGGCCAUUUAAAAUCAGCUCACGGGCCGCACCAGCCCGUUGGCCCCUGGUUGAAUAGCACUGGCCUCAAGGGUGCUUAAAGCUUAAGAAGGACAAACUUCUCAAUUUACUAUAUGUUUUGUAUCAUCCUCAAACUUUUUAUUUCUAUAAUUAUGCAUUGAUUUAUAUCUGUAUCCUUGAUUUUAGUAUUAUUUGUGAUUAUUUAUAAUUUAAAUAAUUUGAGCCAAAGUCUAUAUUAUUAAAACCAUCCAUGUUAUAUACUAAGUUAUUAACUGUUAAAUUUUUGUGUAGCAAUGGAAUAUACAGAAAAAUCAAAGAAGAAAAAGGUACCUAUAGAAAUUAGUGCAUUGAGACGAGAUUUACACAAAUACUACACCCUCUAUAACAAACAGAAGGUGAGACAAUCAUUUAUUAGAUUCCAGUUUUAGGAUUGCUUAUCUUUGUAUACAUUUGAAUGUAAGUGUAAGAACAGUUUGGGAAACAGGAAAAAACAUGUUAUUUCAUCAAAGAACAAAUACAACAUUACUAUGCUUUGACAGGUUUUUAUCAAUCAGUUUUCGCACAAGAUCUUAAAAAAGGUUUAAACAAGUUUAGUAUUAAAAUUUUGCUCAUAAAAGCUGUAUUUAUGUAAAGGAUGUCUCUCUGUCUUUCAAAAUGUUACUAUCAUUUAUAAUAUUUUAGAUCCCGUUUCAGAUGAACCAAAAAAAGUUAUAUUAAUAACACCACACAAUUUAAUUUAGAUCUAAAAAUUAUUAAAAUCUUUAAUUUCUUGUAAUAAUUAAUUUAUGUAGUUUCUCUCAUCACAGUCAAAGGAUACAAUUAAAAUAAAAACAAUUUUGGAGUUUGGGGCAAGCAAUAUAUAUUUUCUCUCUUUAAAACUUAAAAUUUUUUGAGGCAACUGCAUAGAUCUAUUAGUCCAAGCAAAUGUUUUCUUAGCUUUGCAAACUUAAAAAAAAAAAUCACAAAUUUGAUUGGCCUGACAUUCAUAAACAAGGUUAGUUUUAAAAAUGCAUUCAUAUUCAUUUAUUGCAUAAAGUAGGGUUGGUCUACUUUUCUGGCCUUAUUUCUUGCAACUAAAAAAAAAACUAAUUAUGGCUAUUCUGUGAAAGGUGACAGAAAUGCACCUGUGACUUUUGAAGUAACUUUUUAUUUGCAGAAGAGUGGUCUUUUCAAGGUUUAACUUUUAAAAUGUAUCUUAUGAAGUUUAUGGUAUUUGAUAUUGGAGCUUGUUAACCCAUGAAAAUGCUUAAGUAUCUUUCUUUAAAUUUUACAACAGGAGUUUUCUGAAGAGAAACUCCAAGCCUUAUCUCAGCUUGAAGAGAAGUAUGGAGAGUUAGAAAAACAAUUUCAAUCUAAGGAGAAAGAACUAGAAAGGCUGCAUAGUGAGAAGGAGAAACAAACAAGGGUGAUUGAGGUAAUUUUAAGAUUUAUUCUGUUAAAGAAGGACAAAUAACUUUCUUUUUAAAGGCAUUAAUGGUGAAAAGAUUGAACAAAAUAUUAAUGUUUAUCAAAUCUAGGGAAGAUUGUGAAGCUUAGUAAGCUUACAUUUUGUUAAAAGGGAUAAACUGAUUAGGAAUCCUUUAAAUAUGUAAUCUAGAAGUAAAAGUACAAAAAACGUGUUUACGUUUUCCUUUACUGCUUUGGAUUGAUAGAGAAAAUAUGGGGCAUCUGACUUAUGCUCAGUUUGCUCAAUGGAAUUUUGCAAAUUGAAACAUCAAAAUUAAUUUAAAUGAACUAUUGUUCUAACAACAAUCUUAAGUUUCUUGCAUUGAAUCAUUAUUUAUGCAAUGGCUGAUUCUCAUUACUCAGUUGAAAGACAAAGAAUUGGAAAAAAAAACCUGGGAGUUGGAGACACUUGUUGCAAAUUAUCAAGAACUCUCAAAGAUUCUUCACCUUUUAGAUAAACACAUGCAGUUUUUAGAGAGUGAGAAGUUAGUGGAUAUACAACAUACCAGCUAUAAAUUAAACAGUUGUAAGUGUAUUCUUAGUUUUAAGUUUUGUUUCCGUUCAUGUUAAUUUUUGUGUGCAUUUGGUUCAUAAUUACUUACAUAUUAAAAUCAGUAUAAUUAUUAAUUUAUAGCAAAACUUUCUUGAAAUACUGAUUAUAUGUCAAAGGUAAGUGGACCAUAUCAAUGAUUAAUGUCCAAAUUUAGAUGAACUAUGUCUUCAGCAUCAUCUGUAAAGUUUAUAAUAUGUAAACAAUUGAAUGAGGAAAAGAAAGUUUUCUAUGUAAAAACUUGAAGGAUUUCAUAUAAUCUGGUAAAUUCUUCCACCUCCUCCAAAACAAACAUUAAAUAAAUAAAUUUUUUCUUGGCUAUUUUUAAGGACAUAAUUAAUUAGAAUAGUAUUUGAAUAUUGUAUUUAAUUUGAUAAAGUUUCAUCACACUUGCAGUACAAUGCUUUAUAAAAAAAUGGAUUGUAUUUCAAUUAUUAUAUUUUCAAUUUUAUGUGCCAGGAAACAGGGUUGUAUGUGGAAACCUUGUGAUAUAGUUUUAAGAAAACUUUUAUCAUUUUUGACCAUAUAAAAUUCUGGCAUUGUAUGCCAUGAAACAGAGUUUACAACACUGCAAGGAGUAUGGUAUAACACCUAUGUGAGCCUGCCCAAAGACAUUGCUUGGGCCAUGAUGUAAUUACUUUCUGGUAUGUCAGGAUGGUCCUUUUUAUAGGGAUUGCUCAAAUGGGUUAAUGAAUCAAAGGUAGAAAGCCUUUAUUAAACCCAUCACAUGCGUUGGAUUAUUCUCUGGCCACAUUUGGACAUUACUGUCUGUAAUUAAUUACAUUUUGAGUACUUUAAAUGGCCUAUAAAAAAUUUGUAUCUGAAGUUAGUAAAUAUUAAAUUUUAGAAUUUUAAUCAUCUUCUUCUGUCAGCUUUUACCAGGGAGGUGUCACCAAAGCUUAGAGUAACAAUCUUAUUUUAUAAGGUAGAUUACAAUGAUAUAAAAGUGAGAAAUUUACCCCCCAAAAGACACCAUAACAUUGACAAGGCCUUGCAGAGACAGAAAAACUUGAAUUUAUCAAUUUGAUGAAUUUAUCAUUAAGUUUUCUCCUGUUAUGUACAAGCAUUUUUAAACAGAUAACACAGGCAAAUAUUUUUAACCCGUUUUUAUCAUAAAGCUUUGUGUGAAAAAUCUCUGUGGUUUCAGAAAAUUUUAAUGCAUUGUUUCAGCCAAUUUGAAUUCUGAACAUCUUUCUGAACUGAUAAUCAAAGAUGCCAUUGACAUUGUGCAGCC